AUGAGGUCCGGUGCCUUGAUUUGGGCAGUUGUGGUAAAUGGUGAUCAAACUGCGGCAGAUGAACACUUUGUUCACAAUCUUAGGUGCAAAAAAUACGAUCGUCAUCAAAAAUCAGGCCACCGAAGAGUUGGUGACGGUGGUGAGACUACAUACAAGAAAAUUCAGUCAUCGCAUAUUAUUGGAUCCAUUCAGCUAGGAAUUCAACAUAGUGUUUGCAGUUUAGUAUCGAAACCAAAAGAAGACCUGUUGAUGAACGAUUUUGGGAAUUUCGAAACCAUAUUAUUCCCACCGGAAGGUUCAUCGCUAACACCUGCACACCAUUAUGCUAGGUUUAAUUUUAAGAACUAUGCUCCCACUGCAUUCAGAUACUUUCGUGGAAUGUUCGGUAUCCAACCGGAUGAUUUUGUGACGUCUUUGUGUUCAGCACCGUUCCGAGAAUUGCCAAACACUGGUUCAUCUGCAAUAUUCUACUUAACCAUUGACGAUGAGUUCAUCAUCAAAACGGUACAACACAAAGAGGGUGAAUUCUUACGGAAACUAUUACCCGGAUACUACAUGAAUCUAAAUCAAAAUCCACGUACACUCCUUCCCAAAUUCUUCGGCUUAUAUUGUUUUCAAUUCAAUGGCAAGAAUGUCCGUUUAGUUGUAAUGAACAAUCUGUUGCCAUCAUCCGUAAAAAUACACCAGAAAUACGAUCUGAAGGGUUCCACAUACAAACGAAAGCUCAAUGCAGAAGAACGUGCCAAAUCAUCGUCAACAUACAAAGAUUUAAAUUUUAUUGAACAACAUCCGAACGGUAUAUUCCUCGAAUCGGAUACGUACGAUACAUUGAUGAAUGCGAUACAACGUGAUUGUCGUGUACUAGAAUCAUUCGGAAUUAUCGACUACUCAUUGCUGGUUGGUGUACAUAAUUUGGAUUUAGCAAUUAGAGAAAAACAGGAAAAAAACAAAUCGACCAAUUUGGAGCAUGUGCCGAAAGCCGAUCAAUUCAUAGCACAUGAACGUCAUCAGGAGGAAGGUGAAAGGCAUGGUAACGCAGUAGUGGCGGUGGCAAAAACAUUAAACCGAAGCAAAAGAAUCAAUCGACAGCGACUGAUCGAAUAUUCAACUACAAUAGAAAACAUACAGGCGCACAGUGGACCGAUCGAUGUUAUACCACCUGGCGGAAUUCCAGCACGCAAUGAGAAAGGCGAACGAUUGCUACUAUUCAUCGGCAUAAUUGAUAUAUUACAAUCGUUCCGUUUGAAGAAAAAACUAGAGCAUGCAUACAAAAGUAUGGUGCAUGAUGGGGUAAGCAUAAUUACAAAUUAUAUAUGA